CAAUAGCUCAAAGCCAAGCCACUUUCAUCCGCCACGAAUCCACGACCGACGCGACGCGAUGGAGGACGAGGAAGACGAUUUCUAUGGCGGAGGUGGCGACGGCAUCAAACAAGAGGAGCAGACAGCAACGAACGCAGGGGAACAUGAAAAGGACGCGAUGGACGUAUCUGAGGACGAAGACGACGAUAGUAGCGACGACGACGUACAAUUCACCUUAGAACGUCCAGAAGGCGCAAAAGCCGAACCGCCUCCCGGAUCAAAAGCAGCAAAGGCACAGAAGAAGGAACCACCCUCGAAAGCUGUCAAAAUUGAAUCAGAUAAGAGAGGCGGUACGCCGGUGAAGAGGGAAGAUGCGCCUCGAGCUGGCUCGGCAGCACCGCCCACUGCCAUCAAGGGCGUCCUCACACACAAUAGCAAGGAAGGUAGGGACUUUCCCGAAGUCCGCACAAGCCAGCUCGAUAUCAACCAGGUCCCAGUAUGGACAAAUGGGAAACCCAUCGUAGCAGUCGACAUCGACGCUGAUCUCGCCGAACACUCGAAACCUUGGCGAUUACCUGGUACCGAUCAGACCGACUACUUCAACUACGGCUUCGACGAGUACACAUGGACGCAGUACAGUCUACGGCAGCAAGAAAUGACUGGAACCAUCGGCCAACUUAAGCAGGAAGAUGCGUCAUUGAAGGCUAUGCUUGGUGUGGGUGGACAACAACAGAGUGGGCCGCCGCCUGACAUGAUGGGCAUGGACCCACAUAUGAUCGCGCAGCAGUCCGGAAUUCCGCUCGAAUUUGUGCAGCAAUUUAUGUCGCAGGGCGGUAUGCCUCCAGGUAUGGGAGGACCAGGGAUGGGGAUGCCGCCUGGAGGACCACAAGGCUUUGGGCAAGGGCCAGGAGUGGGUAAUGACAGUGGGACAUCACCGCACCCACAACCUGGCCAAGGCUUUCAGCCUCCCCAGGGUCCUGCUGCAGGCAAUAUGAGUAUGGAAGGGCUCAGUCCACAACAGAUGGCCAUCUUUCAGCAAGAGCAGCAGCAACAGAUGGGCGGCGGCGGCGGUGGUGGGGGUGGACACCGAGGAGGUAGGAGAGGGAGGGGCAGAUGGUAAGCCGCGAGCGUACCUGGCAGACGAAAACGCGACAUUGAAGUAAAUUGAGUUGUGCCCAUGCUGUACCGCGCAGACACAUCCAAUACGGUUGCGGCGUGUCGAGAGGUUUCACGGCCGCUCUCGAGGCUUAUGCUACCGUCGCAGCUUGGGAAUGCUGAAGAGAUACGAAGAAAUACCCAGAAUUUCAUGAUUUGGCUGUGACACUUCAAAACUGGCGACCAGCAGACUGGUCUGUGAUCAUCACCCC